AGAAGCUGGAUGCUAUCCGCAGAAAGGUCAACUUAAUGGGUAUUCCUCAGCUGGUCCUCCUCACUAAAGUAGAUGAAGCCUGCCCACUGGUGAAAGAGGAUGUGAGAAAUGUUUAUAAGAGUGGCUACAUUAAGGACGUGGUUCAGGAGGUCGGCUCUCGGCUCGGUGUGCCGUUGUCCUGUGUUGUUCCGGUGAAGAACUACAGCGAGGAGUUGGAGUUGGAUAUGAAUUGUGACAUCCUGUUGCUCAGCGCUGUUAUUCAGAUGUUUCGCUUUGUUGAUGAUUACUUUGAUGAGCUCAGUGACCGAAUGAGCAGCAUGCAAACCACAGAGAGGAAUGAAGUCAAGAAGCAGCUGUACCAACCCGAGUAGCUGAUGAAUUAUGCCUGAAAAUGGUUCGUUUACAGCAAAAAA